AUUGCAGGUGUUGGAAAAGUGUAAACAAUAGGGAAAUACGUUUAUUUUAUCGAGAAAAUCCAAUGGAUUCGGAUGAAGAGAGUGGGGUUCAUCGGCUGGAGGGCUCCAGUUCGAGUGUGGGUGGAUUGGUGAUCAAGAAGGAGCCCAAAGAGUCUGUUUUCAAGGUGCCGAAGCCGUCGCUUCUUGGCCUUGAUAAAUUGGCUGCUGCUCGACGAAAGGAGCGAGAGAAGGAAGCCAGCCGACUGAUUUCAUUCAAAGACAGUGAGUAUGAUGACGCAGGGUCUGAAUCGUCAAGCAAGGGGGGCUUCAAGACGCCGGACAUCAGCAAAUCACACGUACUGAGUAGGAAGUAUCGCGAUGGGGGCGAUGAGACUCCGUCGCACACUGGUGGAGUUACGGACACAGCGCGCCAUCGGAUGCUGGAGAGGAUGGCGAACAGCAAUGUGGCCAGUAGAAGUGGGGAGAAGGGCGUGUACGCGUCCACGAAGGAGCACAAGAGACGCAAUGAGGAGAGAGAGAGUAGCCGAAAGAGAGACCGUGACUACGAUAGAUCCAGGAGCAGCAGAGAUGAUCGGCAUCGUCGUGAAGGAAGUUCAUCGCGUGCCAGGGACUCAACUCCUCGCACACCCCGUGAUUCCGGGAGAUAUUCCGUCUCUGGCUCGUCAUGGGAUGAGGAUGAUGAGCGGAUUCCGCUGAAGAAGUCCUCUUGGGACUUUCCCACGCCGAAGUCCUCAGAGGAGAGGAGUGAGUGGUCUGAGAGGAGCAACAGGAGGCCCUGGUCGUCUCGACACAGGCACGAGGAUGAGACACCACGAGCCACACCAGCGCACAAGUUCAAUAGCUGGGCUAAUGAUCGGAGGCGUUCAGGAGCGACUCCACGCAGUUCCCGCGACAUUGGCACUGCGCACCAUCAGCCGUGGAACAACGAGGAGGACAAGGAGUUGUGGGAGGAGGAGCAGAAGCGCCUGGAUCGGGAGUGGUAUAACAUCGAUGAGGGCUACGAUGAAGAGAACAAUCCAUUUGGUGGCACAAAUUCUGAGUACUUCCGGCGCAGGGAGGAACAGCUCGAGCAGAAGCGCACAAAGAGAAUGUCAGCGCAGCAGCGUCAGAUCAACAAGGAUAAUGAAUUGUGGGAGCGCAAUCGGAUGCUGACUUCGGGAGUUGUGAUGUCCAUCAAUGUAUCGGAGGAUUACGAUGAAGAGGCGAUCGAAAGGGUGCAUUUGUUGGUGCACCAUAUUGUUCCACCCUUUCUGGAUGGCCGCAUUGUCUUCACGAAGCAGCCCGAGCCUGUGAUUCCGGUGAAGGAUCCCACAAGCGACAUGGCGCUGAUUGCGCGCAAAGGAAGUGCCUUGGUGAGGGUGUUUCGAGAGCAGAAGGAGCGUCGCAAGGCGCAGAAGAAGCAUUGGGAGCUCGGUGGAACGAAAAUUGGAAAUAUUAUGGGCAUUCAGAAGAGGACUGACGAGGAGGACGAGAAAUUCAAUGAGGAGACCGACACGGCGGACUACAGAAAGGAUCAGAAGUUUGCUGAACAUAUGAUGGCGGCGGAUAAUGAGAAGAAGAGUGAGUUUUCGAGAAAGAAGACCAUUCACGAGCAGAGGAACUAUCUUCCAGUGUUCGCUGUGCGGCAGGAGUUGCUCAAUGUCAUCAGGGAGAAUUCUGUGGUGAUCAUUGUGGGUGAAACGGGCAGCGGAAAGACUACGCAACUCACGCAAUAUCUGCAUGAAGAUGGAUAUAGCAAAUUCGGCAUGAUUGGAUGCACUCAACCGAGGAGAGUGGCUGCGAUGUCCGUGGCGAAGCGAGUGUCAGAUGAAAUGGGAACCAAAUUGGGUGAAGAAGUGGGUUAUGCCAUUCGAUUCGAGGAUUGUACGUCGGAGAGCACAGUCAUCAAGUACAUGACGGACGGCAUUCUGCUCAGGGAGAGCCUUCGAGAGCCCGACCUGGAUAAUUAUGCGGCAAUUAUAAUGGAUGAAGCUCACGAGAGAUCCUUAUCGACAGAUGUGCUAUUUGGUCUUCUUCGGGAGAUUGUGGCACGUCGACACGAUCUGAAGCUCAUCGUGACAUCCGCCACGAUGGACUCCACGAAAUUUGCGACAUUCUUCGGCAAUGUGCCAACCUUCACCAUUCCCGGACGGACAUUUCCCGUGGACACGUUCUUCAGUAAGAACAGCUGCGAUGACUACGUGGACGCGGCCGUGAAGCAGGCGCUGCAGAUUCACCUGCAGCCCACGGAGGGGGAUAUUCUGAUCUUCAUGCCGGGUCAGGAGGACAUCGAGGUGACGUGCGAAGUGCUGGCGGAUCGUCUGGCUGAGAUUGAUAAUGCGCCGCAGCUCUCAAUUCUGCCCAUCUACUCGCAACUACCGUCAGAUCUGCAAGCGAAGAUCUUCCAGAGAUCCCCCGAGGGAUUGCGGAAGUGUGUUGUGGCCACCAACAUCGCCGAGACUUCUUUGACAGUGGAUGGGAUCAUCUAUGUCGUGGAUUCCGGCUACUGCAAGCUGAAAGUGUACAAUCCUCGCAUCGGCAUGGACGCUCUGCAAAUCUAUCCCAUCUCGCAGGCCAAUGCCAAUCAGCGAUCGGGACGUGCUGGUCGCACAGGACCUGGCCAAGCGUUCAGAUUGUACACAGAGCGGCAGUACAAGGACGACUUGUUACCUCUUACAGUGCCUGAGAUCCAGAGAACCAAUCUGGCCAAUACAGUGCUACUCCUCAAGUCACUGGGAGUCGUGGAUUUGCUGCAAUUCCACUUCAUGGAUCCUCCGCCACAGGACAACAUCCUCAACUCGCUCUACCAGUUGUGGAUUCUCGGCGCUCUGGAUCACACGGGAAGUCUCACACCUUUGGGCAGACAAAUGGCCGAAUUUCCUCUUGAUCCACCGCAAUGUCAGAUGUUAAUCGUGUCAUGUCAAAUGGGAUGCAGUGCAGAGGUCUUGAUUAUUGUGUCUAUGCUGUCCGUGCCGUCGAUCUUCUACCGACCGAAGGGGCGCGAGGAGGAGGCUGAUGGUGUUCGCGAGAAGUUCCAGGUGCCUGAGUCGGAUCAUCUGACCUACCUCAAUGUUUACAAUCAGUGGAAGCAGAACAAUUACUCCUCCAAUUGGGCCAACGAGCACUUCAUUCACAUCAAGGCGCUGAGGAAAGUGCGUGAAGUGCGACAGCAACUGAAGGACAUUCUGGUGCAGCAACGUCUGCCCGUGAAAUCUUGUGGCACGAACUGGGACGUGGUGCGGAAGUGCAUCUGCUCAGCGUACUUCUACCAAGCGGCGCGGCUGAAGGGCAUCGGCGAGUACGUUAAUCUGCGCACGGGAAUGCCUUGUCAUUUGCAUCCUACGUCCGCUCUGUACGGUCUGGGCACGACUCCGGACUAUGUGGUGUAUCACGAGCUCGUGAUGACGGCCAAGGAGUACAUGCAGUGCGCAACGGCAGUGGACGGACACUGGCUGGCCGAACUGGGACCCAUGUUCUUCUCCGUGAAGGAGACCGGACGCAGUGGGCGCGAGAAGAAGCGCCAGGCAGCUGAGCAUCUGCAGGAGAUGGAGGCACAGAUGCAGAAGGCACAGAAGCAGAUGGAGGAGCAGAAAUUGCAAGCGGCUCAGCGCGAGGAGGCGAUGAUACCCAAGCAGGAGAUUUUGACACCGGGAGCAACGCCUAGGAGGACUCCUGCAAGAAUUGGCCUCUAAAUAUGCCUAGACAUGUAUUAGAGAUAUUUGAAGAGAAAGCUUGUUUGUUAUUUGAGGUGGAAAUCCUUCUUUUUAUUUAUUAUUCAGCAU